AUGAAGAAGAAUUCAAGAGCGUCCAGAGAGAAUCACGCGCCGCCGCCGCCGGAGGCGGGGCCGGAAUCCAACGCCUCCAUAGAACAAUCCUCGGUCGCCGCCGCCGGCGGUGGCAUAAGAGGAGGAAAGCUGCAUCCUUUUCAAGAUGAAUACUCCUUCCGCCACGGCAUCAACGCCACGGAGGAGCCCCCGCCGCCCCCCUCCGGCGGAAGCUCCCCCGUCCACGGCGCCACCGCCGCCGUCUGGGAACAAUCGCCCCCAUCCUCCGCCUCCGAAGGUCCGGCGUCGCCCCUGUCGAAAUCCCCAUGGUCUUCCCACGUGGCGACGGAUCAAGAUUCGUAUUCCUACACAGGCCUUAUGGGAUCCCUCGUUCGCGAAGAAGGCCAUAUCUAUUCUCUAGCAGCUUCGGGAGAAUUCCUGUACACAGGUUCCGACAGCAAGAACAUCCGCGUCUGGAAGAAUCUCAAGGAAUAUUCCGGCUUCAAGUCCAAUUCCGGUUUGGUCAAGGCGAUCAUCAUCGCCGGCGACCGGAUCUUCUCCGGCCACCAGGACGGCAAAAUCAGAGUUUGGAGAAUGUCCGGUAAGGACCCCAGCGUCCACAAACGCGUCGGGACAUUACCGACGUUAAAAGCCACGAUCAAGAACUCCUUCAACCCCAACAAUUACGUCGAGAUUAAAAAAAAUCGAAAUCCCAAUUGGAUCAGACACAUGGACGCGAUUUCCUCCCUCAGCCUCAGCGAAGAUCAAACGUUGCUCUACUCAGCUUCAUGGGACAAAACAAUCAAAGUCUGGCGUGUCUCCAAUUCGAAAUGCCUCGAAACCGUCUCCGCCCACGCUGACGCCGUCAAUUCCGUCAUCGCCGGCUUCGACGGCCUUGUCUUCUCCGGCUCUGCCGACGGCACCGUCAAAGUAUGGCGGAGGGAAAUGCAGGGGAAAGGGACUAAGCAUUUCUUCAACCAAAUGCUUCUUAAACAAGAAUUUGCCGUCACUGCGCUAGCCAUCGACCCGUCUUCGACAAUCCUCUACGCCGGCUCAUCCAACGGCCUCGUCAAUUUUUGGGACCGGACGAGAUUCCUCGCGCACGCCGGAGUUUUGCGCGGCCACAAGCUGGCCGUGCUCUGCUUAGCCGCCGCCGGGAACUUGGUGUUCACGGGAUCGGCGGAUACGAACAUUUGCGCGUGGAGACGGGAAGCUUCCGGCGAUCAUAUUUGCCUGUCGGUGUUGAGCGGCCACACUGGACCCGUGAAGUGCCUCGCGGUCGAGGAGGAUAAGACAGAGACAUCCCCUGGGAAUGAUAGAUUAUGUAUGGUGUAUAGCGGUAGUUUGGACAAGUCGGUGAAGAUAUGGCGCGUGUCCGCGGUGGCAGCUCCGAUGCCGCCACAAUCGGUUCCUUCGUCACAAAACUUCGCCGAUCACGACGGCGACGCCGCAACGCGAAGGGCGAAGCAUUUAUGA